UCUCUGACAGGUGGUCUGAUAGAUUGGUUAAGCACUGUAUAUUCACAUCUAGCUGUUUAUUUUUGUAUGGUAUGCAUGCUAUGUGUAUAUGUUAAUAUAUUCAUUUCAACGUCCAUGCUGCUUAUACUGUAUAUAUUCUAUAACAUGUUCAUAUACUCUGUGUGUGUGACAGAUUGAUGGAUGUGGUACUAAAUUACAUACACUAUAUGAACAAAUCACUUGAAUUAACUAAAGUUAACUAACUACAUAAAGCUAAACAUUAUGAAUAAAUAUACAGCAGUAUGUGCAUUUAAUGUGGACAUACGCACUAAAUUGAAUGAGGUAAGUCAGCAGAGAUUUGUGUAAUUAUAAAAUUAAGAUUCUUUCAGCCACCUAUAAUAAGUUAAUUGACGUAACCUUGAUACAUGUUUGGAGGGACAUUCAUCCUUGGGUUGGGAAGGCUCAACAUUCCUCUGCAGUGUUCAGGGAAGGGCUGAGCUGAAGAUAUAAAGAGCCCAGCACAGGCUGCAAAGUGUGAGUGACCAGUUUCGAGUCGCAGAAGUUACAGGAGUGUCAACAUGAGCCGCAGUCCAGAGAGGAUGUCUUCAUACCGCCGGCACUUUGAGUGCACCAUUGCCGCUCCUCCGGCCUACCAGCUCCGGGUGUCUAGUCCCUCUCCCACCCGCAGGGACACCCGCCACCGGUCUGCCAGCUACACCCGGAGUGGAGGGACGAUGGGGCGCAGGGCCAUCACCAGUAAACCUCGCAUGACCAGCAGUGUGAGUAUGGGAGCACUGUGCUUUGGUAUGUCUAUGGGUCUCGGGCCAAAACUGGACCUGGAUGCGGCUGCAGCAGAGAACCAGGCCUUUAUGACGACUCGAACCAAUGAGAGGCAGGAGAUGGUAGCUCUCAACGACCGCCUGGCUGUGUAUAUUGAAAAGGUGCGAAACCUGGAGUCACAAAACAAGCUGCUGGAGGCUGAGAUUGAGGCUCUGAAGGGCCGCCAUGUCAGACCAUCAGGCCUCAGGCAGCUGUACGAGUCUCAGCUGAGGGAUCUCCACAGGGUCGCAGAGCAAAUGAGAAUCCAGAGGGAUUUGUCUUUGGCAGCCAAGGCGGCGAUGUUGGGCCAGUUGGACGCACUGAAGGCCAAAUAUGAUGAGGCUGUGGAUGCCCGGAGGAAGACAGAGCAUGACAUCGAGAAUCUCCGUCCGGAUGUGGAUAGAGCAACCUCAGGAAGGAUUGUGCUGGAGAAACACCUGGAACAACUGGAGUCUGAGCUGGCCUUCCUGCAGAGAGUUCACAAGGAGGAAAUUGAGGAGCUGAUGCAGAAGAUUUAUUCAGCAACUGCCAGGGUUGACGUGACUUUUGGCCUCCCAGACCUCUCCUCUGCUCUGAGGCAGAUUCAGUCUCAGUACGACAGCAUUGCAGCCAAAAACCUACAGGAAAUGAACGCUUGGUACGGAACAAAGUUUCAGGAUCUGACCAGCGCCUCCAGCCAACAUGUUCAAAAUGUUCGAAGUGUGAGAGAGGAAAUCACAGGCUAUAAGAAGGACAUUCUCAGCAAGGAACGUGAACUGGAUGCACAGAAGACGAGGAACGAGUAUUUGGAGGCUCAGAUUCGUGAUGGAGUGGAAAAAUACAAGAAGAAGGAGGAGGACUUACAGGAGCGUAUAGAGGCGAUUAAACUGGAUCUAAAGAUCACCAAAGAGAAGAUUGCUCUGCUGCUGCGGGAAUACCAGGACCUGCUAAAUAUAAAGAUGUCUCUGGAGAUUGAGAUCACCACCUACAGGAAGCUGAUCGAAGGGGAAGACAGCCGUCUGAGCACCAUGGUCGGAAACUUGUCCCUAACCGGAGGGCUGCAUCUCACUUCCAGCGUGUGUGCAGCCUCACCCUCGGAUAGCUCAGCUCCCACAGCCACUUCAAAGCCAGAUGUAGGCCCCAGUGACAAGACCGGUGGCGGGGCUGAGAAAGCUCCCAGUGCUGGAGGACCUAAAGUGGAAGUGGCCUCAUCAGACACCCAGACAGACUUAGAGGGGCAGGCAACUGAGAUGUCCGAGAGGAAGACUGUCCUCAUCAGAACAGUUAAGACAGAUGAGGACACUUAUGAGAGCGACACACAGGAGCGCACCAUCAUCAUUUCUGGAGCAGCGGAUGACACAGAAGAAGAAGAAUAGACCGUUUAUCUCCUGCAAAUCUCACCGGGCGACCUUUCCUAACUAUAAGCUGUAUGCCAGCAUUUGAAAAUCCUAGAUUUCAACAUUGAAUUAAAGAGAAAACACCCUGUACAGCAAGAAGACAAUUUCCAACUCAAGGAUUGUGUUAGUCUUCGCUGGAGACUUAACAUUAAGAGAGAUACACACUGUGUCCCAACGCUCUGCUCUGCUCUGCUCCUAACUCUCUCUGCCUCUCUGCUCUUUUAAUCCUCCUGUGUGUCGGGAACAUGUCUUUUGAAAGUAACUAAAUAAACA